CUUCUAUAAAAAAAAUCGACGAAGGUUAGUCUACUCAAUUAGGUCUUCUCCGUAGCCAUUGCUCCUGUGGCAAAAUGUCUAAAUAUCCGAAAAAUUCGAACCCUUUUGAGGACGAUCAUUAUAAUUUUGGAAAUAAGGCGUCGACCAAUCAAGAAAAUGGUUUCACAGAAUCUGACCUGCGAAGACAAAAAUGGGAAGAAGCGUAUGCUUCAGAAGAUCGUCAACUUGAAAGUACGAGAAGAGCGAUGGCCAGUAUUUACGACUCAGAGAGUAUUGGAAUAGCAGCGGCCGAGGAAUUGGUGCGUCAAGGAGAAAUUUUAGACAGUGUUGAAACAAAGACUGGGAAUAUUAAUCAAAAUCUAAAAUCAUCUCAAGGUCAUUUAAACUCUAUUAAAAGUGUGUUUGGUGGUAUAAAAACAUGGUGGCAGGGCGGUAAUACUACAACACCAAGAGAACCUGUUAGUUCACCGAGAAAACUACAAAAUACCAUUGAUAAGGAAAAGCAAGCUGUGGCCGCUUCGCCUAAAUUAAAAAGUGGUGACGUUAGUGGCUUUUAUGAUGAUAGUGAUGAAAAUUUAGACUCACGAUUUCUGGCUGGUUCUAGUGGUAAACACCCAGGACAACAAAAAAUGUUUCAACCAGUGACUAACAGUGCAAGAGAAAAAGAUAUAGAUGAAAAUCUUGUUCUGAUGUCUGCAGGAAUGGCCAGAUUAAAAGGGCUGGCUACCGGGCUUGGAGAUGAAAUUGACACACAAAAUGAACAAUUAGAUCGAAUUAAUCGUAAAGUUGAUGUAGCUAAUCAUCGCCUUGAGGGUCAGAAUAAACAAAUGAGGGGUAUUCUCAAAUGAGCUCAAAGAUAAUUUACGAACAGUAUUAGUGAUAUAAAGAUUGCAUGUACUCUUCACUUCUUAGACAAAACUGUACACAGAUACAAUGUAUUUAUUCAUCAGUGACUCUAGGUUUUUGUAAUAUAUUUGUUGGUGAAAAUUAAGACUAAAUAAGAACUGUUUACAUCAUCAAUCAUCUUUCUAUAAAAAGUGAUGAUCCCCGAAAGAUAAGUUGUUUCACAAGGUGGCAAAGCAGUUUCUAUUGAAAAUCUAGGAAAGAUUAAGACACUAACCAUUUAUUAGGAGAAACAGAUGGACAAUGAAACUGACAAAUAUUCUCAUCUCAACCAUAUCAUUUGUUUUGUACUAUUCACACAUUUGAGAUGGACAAAAUCAGGGAUUUCGUUCAAUACUUGUAUACAGCAUAAUUGUAUAUCUUUUGAUCAGCGGGACAUUUUUAUACGCCUACAUUUUCAUGUGGACGUAUUAUGCCGUCGCCCCUGUCCGUCCGUCCGUCCAUCCGUCCACAAUUGUUUGUGGACUCUCUACAGGUCACAAUUCUUAUUCGAUUUCGACGAAACUUGAAAUAUAGGUUUAUCCCCAAAAGAUCUCGGCUGCUUUCGAUAUUGGCAUGUAUCGGAUCGAAACUUCAUGGAUUAUGGCCCCUGUUUGUACGAAAAAUCACGUUUUUAGCUUGUGGACCCUAUAGAGGUCACAAUUUUUAUCCGAUUUUGUUGAAACUUGAAAUGUAAGUUUAUAACCCAAAGAUCUCAGUUCCUUUCGAUAUUCGUGCAUAUCAGACCGUAACUUCCUUAAUUAUGACCCCUGAUUGUACGAAAAAUCACGUUUUUAGCUUGUGGACCCUAUAGAAGUCAUAAUUUUUACCCGAUUUAAAAAACUGUAUUAUUAUAUCACCGUUACACCCUGAGGACGACUGAGUUCGAAUUUCGUGAAAAUCGGCCCAAAAUUGACAGACAAAAUGGCUGCCGUUCGUUUAGUUCCUUUCGAUAUAUGCGAUAUGCGCAUAUCGAAUUGUAAUUUCCUGAAUUAUGGCCCUUGAUUGUAGGAAAGAUCACUUUCUUGUUAGCUUGUUCUCUAUCCAUCUCUCGAAAAUGUGGGCGUAUCCUGCCUGGCAGCCGCUGGUUUAUUAAUGUUGUAAGCAAUUUUUUUUUUUACAUUUGUUGAGGUUGUCACAGACAGUGUUUAUAUUUUGUUCAUUAUUAAUAUUCCAAAAUAUAUACGAGACAUAAUGUGAUGUAAAUCUAAGAUAAAGUACUAUGCUGUUAAACACAAAAUUAAAUGUAUGCUAGAAUGUGUAAUAAUUUUUCAUGAUAUACUGAGAUCCAUUGAAAAAGCACAACUGAUUUGACUGAAAAGUAAAAUUGUUAUGAUGGCCUUUAGUUGGUUGUUGAUUUUCUUGUAUUGGUAAAUGUCCAGUCUACAAUCAUGCCAAAUUCCACAUUUCAGCUGAUACAUUUUCAUUGCUAAUCAAAACAUUCCUCUCAAUUGUGUUAUUUAGCUGCUUUAAGUAAUUGUGUAAUAUUUGUUGUUUAUUUAUUUCUCUUAUGUAUAUUAUCAUUUGUAUAUAAAACAUUAUAUAUUCAUUUAUUGGCCAGGUAGACUACAGUUAUAAAUUUAUUAGAUCUAGAAGUUAUUAUAAUAUCACAUUUUCCCAGCCAGAUUAAAAUUUCGGUCUGCUUUAAAUAUGCACUACUGAAAAUUUUCAAUUUCACAUAAAUGUUUAAAAUGACUCAGUUUGUUUCUCUCGAUAAUGUAUUACACAUACUUAAGCAAUAAUUUUUCUUGUAUUAUUUUUCACCAGGCUAUUGACUGUACUAAUAAAAUCAUAUCAAGUAAA